CGAAAUUUUCACGCUAUGUACAUUUGGUAUAGGUGUCCACAACCGUGAAAAUGUUUUUCUUUUUAUUAGUUCAAAUAUUACCGUGGCUAACACUAACAACUUGUGACGAUAUUGAUAUUUCAGGCGCCACCCGGCGCAUAAUAGGUGGACAUCUAAUUCGCAUCGAGGAGGCUCCCUAUAUGGCGCUGUACCGGCCGGUCAAUAAGUCAUUCCACUGCGGCGCCUCUGUCGUCAGCGACCAGUUCCUAGUCACUGCAGCACAUUGUGUUGAUAAGUCUAUACACGGCGAAAUGAUAGUGACAGUGGGCACCGAUAGAGCUUUGAGCGGCGGGGAAAAUUACCAGAUAGAAGAAGUGGUCAAGCAUCCCCAGUAUGAAGAUGGAAUCUUUUUUGACUAUGACAUAGCUGUUAUUAAACUGAAGAAUAAGCUGCAAUUCAGUGACCGCGUGCAACCUAUCAAGAUGGCAGAGCCUGGCUUAGUUAUUGAUGAUACUGCCCAGCUCCGUACGAUUGGGUUUGGAAUGACGGAAACUAAUUACAACUCUAACGAACUCUUGGGUACCGAUAUGCGCUACAUACCGAAUAACAUAUGCCGUGUGGUGACUCAAGAUUCUAUUAUCACUGACCGAAUGUUAUGUGCUGGCCAGAAGAAUAAAAGUGUUUGUUACGGCGACAGCGGUGGUCCUGCGGUCUAUGGUGACAAGUUGGUGGGUGUCACGUCAGGCUCUGACAUUCCAAUAUGUAACUCGUAUUCAUUGUUCGCUCGUGUCUCCAGUUUGCGGGGAUUUAUAGACGAUGUCAUUGCUGCCCACUAAUCUAUUAAUAAGAUGUA